UCUGGUAAGAAGCUUGAACCUUUCCGUUUCCGAUUUAGGGUUUUACCUUAGAAUCGUUCCCUCCCACUUCCUCACCGAAGCCAAGAUUUUCUCAGUGGCAGAGACAAUUGGCUCUCAACAAUUUGUAAGUUCAUUUCAUACCUCUUCGUUUCCAAAUCCCAUGUCUAAUUUUCUCCGCAAAACCAUUCUAUUUGGAAGUUGUUAUGUAAGAACUUUGUCACCAACUUGUAUUCCGGGUUUUCUUCAAAACCCAGAUUUUUUUCCUCUAAGAUUUUUCUCAAGUAGUUCAAAUCAACAAUCUUUUACAGUGUCGUAUCUCGUGAACUCACUUGGGUUCUCCCCACAAGCUGCUUUAUCAGCUUCCAAGUAUCUUAAUUUUGAUAGUCCUGAUAAACCAGACAAAGUCGUUGAGGUUUUCAAGGUUUAUGGUUUCACUCAGACCCAAAUCUCAUCCCUCGUUAGAAUAUUCCCAGCAGUACUCGUAUCGGAUACUGAGAAAACUAUUUUGCCCAAGUUGGAGUUUUUGACAUCCAAAGGUUUUUCUGGCCCUGAAAUGGCCAAAGUGCUAUCUGUAUAUCCUAACUUUUUGAGACGUAGUUUAACUAAACAGAUUAUACCCACAUAUGAUUUCAUUAGCAAUUUGUUUCAAUCUAAUGAGAAGACCAUUGCAGCUGCCAAAAGGUUUCCAGACAUUCUUGCACAAGAUGUUGAGAAAUAUGUUGUACCUAACAUCAAUAUUUUGCGAGAAUAUGGAGCGCCUGACUCAAAUAUUGCAACAUUGUUCGUCUCCCAGCCCAGGGCUUUCACAAGUAGUUUAGAUCGCUUUAGAGGGAUUGUGGAGAAAGUGGUGGAAAUGGGGUUUGAUGCAUCGAAGUUAAACUUUGUUGUGGCGGUGAGGGCAUUUCUGUCAAUGAGUGAAUCGGUGUGGGAAAGUAAGGUUGAUGCGUAUAAGAAGUGGGGUUGGUCUGAAGAAGAUGUUUUGAAAGCCUUCCAAUGCAGUCCUUGGUGCAUGAUAGUAUCUAAAGAUAAGAUUAUGGCAUCUAUGGAUUUUUUCAUCAACCAAAUGGGUUGGAGGCCUUGCCUCUUGGUUAAAUGUCCAGCACUCUUUGGACUGAGCUUGAAGAAGAGAGUAGUCCCGAGGUGUUCGGUUUUUCAAUUUUUGUUGUCAAAAGGUUUGGUGAAGAAGGAGGUUAGCUUUCAUGCGUUAUUGGUUGUUUCAGAGAAGAAGUUCUUACAGAAGUUCGUGGUGCCUUAUGAGGAGGAAGCUCCGGAGCUGUUGAAGUUGUACAAGAAAAAAUUGGAUCUUUCUAAUGAACCACCGGUUGAUAAGGUAGGAGAAGUAUGUACUUGCAAAUAGUGAGAGGUAAGACCCCUUUUGACAUGCUCAUGUAUUAUGAGAUCAUUGCAGUUUGGUGCAGAUGAAGUUUUAUUUGAUCUAGUUGAGAACCUUUCAGCUUCAGCGAAAAGAAUAUUUGUAGUGUAGAGGUGAAAAUGUUGAGUGAACAGUACUGUUGAAUGACUAAUUUGCAACCUAUACUUUUAAUUGAAAUUUAAUUUUAUUAUUAGCUUAUAGAAGA